GCCUUUGAACCAGUCUCUCUCGUUAAACCUUCCUUGUGAAUCUAUCUGACGCAUAUAAUCCAUUCUUGAUCCCCUGACAGCAUUUCACAAUGUACAAGAGAGUCGAAAGGAAGCGAAAGAGAAGAGAGGAAGAGGAAGAACUCGGGCUGGACGAGGAUAUGAAGGAGAUCAUGGGUCUAAACGACACUGAUUCAGACGAAACAGAUACUGCAUCUGAAUCAGACUCAGAUGCGCCUGAAGAAGAGGAUGAAGGGUCCGAGGGUCCACUUGCAGCAGAGGAAGAUGAAGAGGACGAUGAAAUCAGUGAAGACGAAGAAAGUGGCCUACCAGCGGUCACCGUACAAGAAGCCUUGAAAGAUCCCAUCUAUCUCGUUUCACUGGAUCAAGACGUGAACGGGUGUAUAUUAUGCAAAGGGAAGCUAAUAAAAAGCCUAAAGAUGGCAGAUGUUCACAAAAAAUCCAUGGCUCAUCAACGACGCUUCAAGCGAUUCAAAACGCUGGCGCAGAAGGCUAGGCCAAGUGAUAAUGCCUGGCCUAUCGCAAAGGCUGCACAAACACCAGCGACGGAUGAUACCACAAAAACACCUGAAACUUUAUCGAACAGAGCCCAAAAACGAAAAACAAAGUUGGACGCUGUGAAAGAGAAACGACAGCGGCAAAAAAUAAUGAAAGCUAAGGCAAAAGCUAAGAAAGAAGCGAAAGCCCUAGUCGCGACUACAGAAGAGCCAGCAGAAGAGCCAGUAGAAGAACAGUCGUCCAAGGCUUCGGAAUCUUCACGGAAAAAACGAAAGCUCGGCGAACGGACGCGGGAAACCGCCUCUCCUAGGGGAAAGGAAGCACAGAAAGGGCGUAAAGUUGAGAGCAAGGCCGAUAAGAAAAAGCCAAAGGUUUACGAGCAACGUAUUAUCAAAAAGAAAUCACCGAGACCCAAGUCGACUAAAGUUUGAUCGGUUCUUAUUGUGUCUUGAUGGCUUGCCUCGCAGUUGUCAAUGAACACAGCUUCUUGCUUGAGCUGUCCAACGCAAGAAAAUACACCGUCUGCAUGCACACUGUCCACAUGAACUCAUAGAUGUCUAAUGAAGAUCGACAAAGAGAACGGUACCACUGGCUACCAAUAUCCAAUGCUGGCGAUUAUGAUAUAGCUGUCUACAUUAGAGUCUGCAGCACUCUGUCCGUCAUUGAGAUUACCUAUGGCAGGUUUUUAAUACUGUAGGAUGGCAACGGAGAUAGAUCAUUCCUACCUGAUGGAUAUCCGGUCUAUCUUUUGGAUUCACUUUUAAC